CAGUAUUCUGACGCUCUCAUUCCGCCAUCACCGGCCGCUGCACCGGUUACCGGGAGACUCCGCUACUCACCAUGUACCGACUCCUGCUCGUGUUUCUGGCCGCCGCCGGGACGUCUGUGCUCGGCGUGCCGCGGCCGGAGGGCUCCCCGGCGGCCGCUCCGUGCCUCGCCCCGCCGCAGUGGGAGGGCCGCUGGGUUCUGUACGACCACGGUACCGGCAGGAACAACCGGGCCGCCGUGUCCUACGACGGCCUGAACCGGAGGAUCCGAGUCCUGCAGCAGCACAAGAAGCACACCCCGUGUCAGAGGUUUUUUGAGUACAUCUACUUGUACCAGAACAUGGUGAUGUUCCAGAUCGACCAGAAGACCAAAGAGUGCUCAAAGAUCGCUCUGACGGACGCCUGGGAUCCCUUCGACAUCCCCGAUAACUCCACCUUCGAGGACCAGUACUUCAUCGGUGGACCUGGAGACAGCGUGGAGGUCCAGGAGUGGUCCGACAGGAAGCCGGCUCGCCAGCAUGAGACCUGGGUGGGCAUCUACACCCUGAAGGACUGCUACCCGGUGCAGGAGACCUACACCCGCAACAGCAGCGUCACCACCUCCACCCGCUUCUUCAACCUCCAGCUGGGCAUCAGCGACCCCGACGUCUUCACGCCGCCCAGCACCUGCCAGUCGGCCCGGCCCGACAGGAUGGCCGACUGCUGAGGCCUCGUCCAGGCAGACGUCUCCUCUGACCUCACAGACACUCAACAGCCUCUUGAUAGUAAAGCAGUAAACUGAGAUUUUAGUCAUGGAAGAGGUACUAGACAAGACACAAAAUGACAAAAACGAAACAGAAAAUGACAAAAACAAGACACAAAACAACAAAAACAAGACAUAAAAUGACAAAAACUAGAUAGAAAAUGGCAAAAACUAGACAUAAAAUGACAAAAACUAGAUAGAAAAUGACAAAAACUAGACAUAAAAUGACAAAACAAGACAGAAAAUGACAAAAACUAGACAUAAAAUGACAAAACAGGACAGAAAAUGACAAAAACUAGACAUAAAAUGACAAAACAGGACAGAAAAUGACAAAAACUAGACACAAAACAACAAAAACAAGACAUAAAAUGACAAAAACUAGAUAGAAAAUGGCAAAAACUAGACAUAAAAUGACAAAACAAGACAGAAAAUGACAAAAACUAGACAUAAAAUGACAAAACAGGACAGAAAAUGACAAAAACUAGACAUAAAAUGACAAAACAGGACAGAAAAUGACAAAAACAAGACACAAAACAACAAAAACAAGACAUAAAAUGACAAAAACUAGAUAGAAAAUGGCAAAAACUAGACAUAAAAUGACAAAACAAGACAGAAAAUGACAAAAACUAGACAUAAAAUGACAAAACAGGACAGAAAAUGACAAAAACUAGACAUAAAAUGACAAAACAGGACAGAAAAUGACAAAAACUAGACAUAAAAUGAAAAAACAGGACAGAAAAUGACAAAAACUAGACAUAAAAUGACAAAACAAGACAGAAAAUGACAAAAACGAGACAGAUAAUGAUAAAAACAAGACACAAAACGACAAAAACGAGACAUAAAAUGACAAAAACUAGACAUAAAAUGACAAAAACUAGACAUAAAAUGACAAAAACUAGACAUAAAAUGACAAAACAAGACAGAAACUGACAAAAACGAGACAGAAAUGACAAAAACAAGACACAAAAUGACAAAAACGAAACAGAAAAUGACAAAAACAAGACACGAAACAACAAAACGAGACAGAAAAUGAUAAAAACGAGACAGAAAAUGGAAUCUUAGCUUCUCCGCUACAAGUCCUGCAGAAAAUGACAAAAACAAGACACGAAACAGCAAAAACGAAACAGAAAAUGACAAAAACAAGACACAAAACAACAAAAACGAGACAGACAAUGACAAAAACGAGACAGAAAAUGACAAAAAUGAGACACAAAACGACAAAAACGAGACAUAAAAUGACAAAAACUAGAGAGAAAAUGACAAAAACUAGACAAAAAAUGACAAAACAAGACAGAAAAUGACAAAUAUAAGACAAAACGAAAAAAACGAGAUAGAAGAUGAAAAAACUAGACAUAAAACAACAAAAACAAGACACAAAAUGGCAAAAAGAACACAGAUGACAAAAACUAGACAGAAAACAACAAAAGACAGAAAACUACAAAAACGAGACACAAAAUGACAAAAACAAGACACAAAAUGACAAUAAUGAGACACAAAACUCAGUAAACUGAGAUUUUAAUAGUGGAAGAGGUCCUCUUUACCCAAGUAGAAGUACUGGAAUCUUAGCUUCUCAUCUACAAGUCCUGCAUUUAAUCAUACUAAAAUAAUAAAAGUGCAGAAAUAUCAGCAAAAUAUAGUGAACAUUUCAAAGUAAGAGCUCUGUUUCCUGUAACUGACGUACUGCUGCUAGUUUAGUUCCUAGCGUUUGGGAAGAUAAACCUGACUGGCUGUGAUGUUGUUGACAUUUUCUGACUUUUUCUUCCAAACUUUUGGCAAUCUUUUUGUAUAAUUCUGGAUUAUUACUUUAAAAAAAAAAUACCAUUCUAGAGGUUUUAAAGGAAAAUCGUGUAACACUGGAACCAAAUUAGACGCUGCUAUCUUUGUAACUUCA